GAGUGGGAGGACCGGCGAGCGAUCGCGAGGGAUCCCCAGUUGCCAAGUGCUGGGAGAGCACCCUUCGCACGGGUGUAGCCGUCCUCGCUUGAGGCGCAGGUUCAGCACUCAGCCUCAUCUGAUGACAGGUCCUGACUCCAAGUGACCGACGAGCACCUGUUGUUUCUUGGGUGACGUACCAGGGGCUGCGAUGGACCUGGUUCUCAGUGUUGCCGAUCACUACUUCUUUACUCCAUAUGUGUAUCCAGCCACGUGGCCCGAGGACAACAUCGUCCGACAAACUAUUAGUCUCCUGAUUGUCACGAAUCUGGGGGCUUAUAUCCUCUACUUCUUCUGUGCAACCCUGAGCUAUUAUUUUGUCUAUGAUCAUUCGUUAAUGAAGCAUCCACAGUUUUUAAAGAAUCAAGUCUCUCGGGAGAUCAUAUUCACCGUCAAGUCUUUGCCCUGGAUAAGUAUCCCCACCAUUUCAUUGUUCCUGCUGGAGUUGAGAGGCUACAGCAAGCUCUAUGAUGACAUAGGAGACUUCCCAAGUGGCUGGAUUCAUCUCAUCGUUAGCGUGCUAUCCUUCCUCUUUUUCACGGACAUGCUGAUCUACUGGAUUCACAGGGGCCUGCACCAUAGACUGGUCUACAAGCGCAUACAUAAACCUCAUCAUAUUUGGAAGAUUCCCACUCCAUUUGCAAGUCAUGCUUUUCACCCUGUGGACGGCUUCCUCCAGAGUCUACCUUACCACAUAUACCCCUUUAUCUUUCCACUGCACAAGGUUGUCUACUUAGGUUUAUAUGUCUUGGUUAAUGUCUGGACAAUUUCUAUUCAUGACGGUGAUUUUCGUGUCCCCCAGAUCUUAAGGCCAUUUAUUAAUGGGUCAGCUCAUCACACAGACCACCACAUGUUUUUUGACUAUAACUAUGGACAGUAUUUCACAUUGUGGGAUAGAAUUGGAGGCUCUUUUAAAAAUCCUUCCUCCUUUGAAGGGAAAGGACCACAUAGUUAUGUGAGGAAGAUGGCCGAAAGAGAGUUCAACAACCAUGCAGUAAAUGGCUGUAAAAGUGAAAAAGUGUGCAAUGAAGAGUUUACAAAGACUAAGUAGAUUAUUGCCCAAUUAUUAAAUAUUUUAAAUAAGGAAAUAAUCUACACACAGCCAAGAUACAUAGCGCAUAAGUGGUGUCAUUUGGACGCCAGCAUUUGUCUUCUGAUGAUAAACUGGGAAGAUGCUGGGAGCAGCAAGACUAUAAUCUAGUGGCCAGUGUGUCAGACAUUGGUCCAGGGGACAACUUGUGUCUUUGCAGCCAGCAGAUCUGCAGCC